GUGUGCUAUCUGUCCAGGGGAGCAUGUCUGACUCUCACUAAUACGAGGACAUGCUCUUCAUUUUAUUGACUCCUCAGCUACUUUUACUCAUCAUUUAUUCUUAAUAAAUACUCAUUUUUAUUGGUGUUAUACACACUGACUCUAUACUGAGUCUCACUUUGCAUCAGAGCCCAAUGGAGAAUCCAGCAGCGGCCUUCGGUAUUUGGGACUAUGUGGUUUUCGCUCUCAUGCUGGUCAUCUCAGCGGCUAUCGGUGUUUAUUAUGCCGUCAUCCAGCGCAGAACGCAGACUCCCAGGGAUUUUCUGGUGGGUGGCCAGAGUAUGACGGCUGUGCCCGUUGCUCUGUCACUGACAGCCAGCUUCAUGUCAGCCAUCACGGUGCUGGCGACUCCAGUGGAGGUGUACUGUAACGGGGCUAUCUUUGUUUUAAGCUGCUUAGGCUUUGUCCUGAUGGUGGCCAUCAGCUCAGAGUUCUUCCUCCCCAUCUUCUACAGGCUGGAAAUAACCAGCACCUAUGAGUACCUGGAGUUGCGGUUCAACAAAGUGGUUCGGCUGUUUGGGACAGUGCUGUUCAUCGUUCAGACAGUGAACCUUUUUACUGCAAAAAUCUCUAUUUACAUGCAGCUUUACAUUUUUCAUGCUUACGUCACUGAACUUGAAUAUACAUUGAGGAAAUGUUGUUCUUUUUCUCUUAUUCCUCAGUUAGUGUACACUGGAGUGGUUAUCUAUGCACCAGCUUUGGCUUUAAACCAAGUGACAGGUAUAAGUCUGUGGGGAGCUUUGAUAUCAACUGGAGUGGUGUGUACCUUCUACUGCACCUUGGGGGGAUUCAAGGCUGUGGUGUGGACUGACGUAUUCCAGAUGAUCAUCAUGUUGGCCGGGUUCCUGGCUGUCAUCGUCCAAUCGGUGCUUCUACAGGGCGGGGUCUCUGUCAUCUUCAACAACUCUGCUGACGGUGGCCGACUCAACCUGUGGGACUUUGAUCCCAACCCUCUGAGGAGGCACACGUUCUGGACCAUCAUCAUCGGCAGUACAUUUAUCUGGACCAGUAUGUAUGGUAUUAAUCAAGCUCAGGUGCAGAGAUAUGUGUCCUGCAAAACACUUCUCCAUGCCAAACUGUCUCUGUAUAUAAACCUGGUGUCACUCUGGGCCAUUCUUCUAUCUUCAGUAUUUUGUGGGUUGUGUUUGUAUUCAUUUUACAAGAACUGUGACCCAUGGACAGCAAAAAUGGUGUCUGCUCAGGACCAGCUCAUGCCGUACCUGGUGAUGGACAUUUUGGGGGACUACCCUGGCAUUCCUGGCCUGUUUGUGGCAGCAGCAUACAGUGGCACAUUGAGCACAGUCUCCUCCAGUGUCAGUGCCCUAGCUGCAGUGACAGUUGCAGAUCUGAUACGACCGUACUUCAGCUUGUCAGAGCAAAAACUUUCCUGGGCAUCAAAAGGACUGAGUGUGUUCUAUGGAGUAGUGUGCAUUGGGCUGGCUGCUCUUGCAUCUCUGAUGGGAGGAUUGUUACAGACAACUAUCAGUAUUGUUGGUACUAUUGGUGGACCUCUACUCGGCCUCUUCUCUUUAGGCAUCCUGUUUCCCUCUGCUAAUUCCAAAGGAGGCUUGGCUGGACUGAUCAGUGGAUUAGUUGUGUCCCUCUGGAUUUGCGUUGGAGCCCAGGUCUACCACCCGCUACCGGAGAACAUCAGGCCUCUUCCUCUACACACACACGGCUGCAGCGUCACCACAGAUGAAAAUGACUUAAUGAACUGGACUAGCUACUCAACACAGGCAAGCUAUGUCACUUCAGCUGAGCAGGACAAAGCUGUGGACAGGCCUCUGCUGGCUGAUUAUUGGUACUCACUCUCUUACAUGUAUUUCUGCCCUAUGGGGACUUUAGUUUGCAUAGUUAUUGGGCUGAUUGUGAGUUUGUUCUCAGGGGGUAGAACAUUAAAACUGGAACCAGGCCUGACAUUAACAAAGGAGGAUUUAACCUGCUACAAGAUCUACAAAAUACUAAAGCAGAAGGCUACAGGAAAUGCAGACAGACUUGACCUGGUUAUGGAGAAGGAGAAAUCUGGCAGAACCAACCUUGCAUUUUGUGAUGUGGAGCUGGAUAUCACAAAAAUUCAGGCACACAAAACUCUUGCAUAGGACAUUUUUAGUUGUCUUUGAACUCAUCUUCUCUGACCUCAUUACUAAAGCGAGGACUUCAUCCUGUCAGCUUAACCCAUUCAUACCUUCCAUCUCCAGGCUUGUGUACCUGUCACAUGUCCUGAUACACAAUUUCCUAUCAAACCUCAAGCUUUAAAUCUUAAGCUUGCCUGAAGUUCUACAGUCGGCAUUUACACUCAACAUAUAUUUUUUGACGAAAAAUAUAUUGCAGUUCUCCAUGAAUUUCAUCAAGCUCUGACACCUGCACUUGUUACCCAUCUGAAUAGAGAAGUGAGAAGUGUUCUUGUAGUGGAUCUUGUUUAAAAUGAAGUGACUGGCUAACAUUACCAAUCUACUUCGAGUGUUUGCUAAGGUCAUACAGUCAAUAAAUUGCUUUGAAAUUUAGCUAGCAUUACUUACCUUGGUUUAUGCAAUCACUUCGUUUCCUCAAGCUCGUAAUAAUAACAGUACAAUGAGCUAGCUUAGACAUUAAAAUGUUGGAAAAUGUGAAGAACUCCCUGCUGAGGGUCUAUUAGAAGAGUUUACAGCAGAAUAAGACAUGGCUCUGCUACAGAACUGUCAAGAGCUUCUGGGGCGUGCUGGAAAGUGUGUGCACGUUCAUGAGGCUUGAUUGUCAUAUCCAAAACUGUCAAUCCCCUCGUCAACCACUCCCUUUUAAAUAAAAUGCAUUUAUUGUAAGGAAAAAUACUGGGGGACAUCAAGGUCAACUAAUCUUGUAAAUAAUUUGUGGAGACAUAACUUUAAAUUUAAGUUUUGUUCCUUCCCCAUUCACUGACAUGGGAAUGUCUGGGGUCAGAAAUUGUACUGCAGCCAGUCACUAGAUAGCCUCAGAGACGUUUUGGCUUCACUUUUGACUUCCUGUUAAAAUGUCCACUCAUAUAUACAGUCAAUGGAAUAUAAGCUGUGAGAUCAUUAUGCCAGGGUGUGCUUUUUCUCACUUAUUAUUCUUCUUUUAAGUGGGGAUCCAUUAUCUACAGUGUAGCAGAAUGUUGACUCUAAGUAUUCGGUCACCUGAGUUCUGUGCGGCGAGAAGACAAAACAAUCAAAGUCGAUAAACCUGGGAGAUUUUCAAUAAAACUGCGUACAGUAGCCGACAUGACUGUACACUCAAUAUGGUAGCAUAGUGAAGUGCAUACAUUAUGACUAAGCCACAUUUUAAAUAAAUGAAGGAGUGAUCUGAGAUAAUUUCAUUCUAAUGUGACUAUAUUGUCUAUAUUCAAUCCUGUAUUAGUAUUAAAUCAAGGGUGUGUCCUUCGUAAUGAGUGGGUCCUGUUAUUCUGAUUAUUCUAAUUAUCCCUGCUCUCAGAAGGUUUUGAGAUUAUCAAAAUGAACACUGAAGUCUCCAACAAUUAUUGCUUUUUCUACUAAAACAACCAGGCUCAAAAGAAUACCUGCGAAUUCCUAUAGAAAUUCAACCUUGGGGGCCUGUAAAUUCUAAUUAGUAGAAAUAAAUACAUAUUUUUGUGAUUACAUUUGUCAUAUUGUAAAAGGUACUUUAAUUAGUUAAAUUCAUAUCCAGAUUUCUGCAUAAAUCUGUCUAAAUAACUGAAGUAUCCUCCUCUACCAAAGUACAGUGUAUAGUUCAAAUGGGGAAAACCCCAUGGAGGCCUGGGGAACCUUUUGGACUGCAAAUAAUAGGGCUUCCAACCAUUUAUCCCAAUUUCGGCUAUCAUCAUGUAAGAAUCAUGUUUUUAAGCAUUUUAUUAAAGCGCUCCACUAACCUGUCAGUUUAUGGAUUAUAAACACUGAUGUGGAUCGCUUUUAAUCAUCAAUAUAUCAUACAGUUCGCAUAGUGUACAUGACAUAAAUUAUGUGGCUUGGUCAGUUAGGAUCUCUUUUGGGAUCCCAACUUGGGAGAUUACUCGAAACAGUGCUUCUGCUACACUCUUCACAGAAAUCGUCGUCAGAGGCACUGUUUCGGAAUAGCAUGUCGCAUAGUCCACCAGAACCUGAAUUAACACAAAGCAAUAUCCCUCAGACUCAAUAUCCCUAAGGCUGAAGAAAAAUCUGACAUUUUGUACAAAGGAGUUAAUAUAUUCAAUAUUGCAAAUUUGCUUAUAUUUAAACAGUGAUCUAGAAAUGCAAAAUCGUGAAUAUUGAACAAUUCCUUUCUUCAUUUUUCAAUUUUUAUUUAUCCAUUUUUUUUUUUAAAAAAAAAGCUUUUGGAUCCCACGCUUUUGGAUAAAAACGAAAAACAAUGGGACUGUUAAUGCAUUGUUAGCACCGAUGUAAGACAUAGGACUACCCUACCUCCUACAUCUCAAAUUUACCCCUUAUUCUACCUCAUAUCACCGCUCUCACAACAUCAGUUUUCAGCUUUUCCUGAAUAUGAACUAUACUAUAACCCAACAUCACUAAGCCUUUAGUAGAGGUUUUUCAUCACUCUUCCCACAAACUUGCUAUUUCUUUGUAACUGCUCAUCUCUUGUUC